AUGUCGGUCCCCAACUUCUCUGACAUUGCCAAGCCGGCCAACGACCUGCUGAACAAGGACUUCUACCACCUGUCCGCCGGCACGCUCGAGGUCAAGAGCAACACCCCCAACAACGUCGCCUUCAAGGUCAACGGCAAGAACAGCCACGAGAAGACCACCACCGGCACCUCCCUCCAAAAUCUCAGCGUCGUCCUGUCUCGCAUUGGCGGGUCCACAAGCGGCCUGCCCGUCGAGGCGGCGAUUGCGCUCUCCCCAAAAGUUUCGACCUUGCUAAUGUUUUACCGUCGCACAGGCCUGACCGUCACCCAGACCUGGAACACGGCCAACGCCCUUGAGUCCAAGCUCGAGCUUGCCGACUCGCUGGCCAAGGGCCUCAAGGCCGAGGGUGUCUUCUCGUUCCUGCCCGCCACCCAGGCCCGCGGUGCCAAGUUCAACCUGCACUUCAAGCAGAGCAGCUUCCACGGCCGCGCCUUCUUCGACCUGCUCAAGGGCCCCACCGCCAACGUCGAUGCCGUCAUCGGCCACGACGGCUUCCUGGCUGGUGCCUCGGCCGGCUACGACGUCAACAAGGCUGCCGUGACCAGCUACAGCGCCGCCGUCGGCUACCAGGCCCCCACCUACUCUGCCGCUGUCACUGCCAGCGACAACCUGAGCAUCUUCGCCGCCAGCUACCACCACAAGGUCAACAGCCAGGUCGAGGCCGCCGCCAAGGCCAUCUGGAACUCCAAGAGCGGCAAUGCCGUCGGCCUCGAGGUCGCCACCAAGUACCGCCUCGACCCCCUGUCGUUCGUCAAGGCCAAGAUCAACGACCGCGGUGUCGCUGCCGUCGCCUACAACGUCCUGCUCCGCGAGGGCGUCACCUUUGGCAUUGGCGCCUCGUUCGACACCCAGAAGCUCGACCAGGCCACCCACAAGGUCGGCACCAGCUUCACCUUUGAGGCUUAA